GACAAUCUACUUCUCGCGAUAUUCCGCUUAAAAAUAACGCGGGACAGUGGGAGGAAUGAAUCCGUUGUAAUAACCACAGCCGUGGUUGAAAGGAAGACAACAUUAGACAGUCAACAGAGGGUAACAAAUGUUACAAGCUUCACUUUGUAAUAAAUGACAUUGUCCUCAGCGCAGCUCUGUUUGUUGGAAUCGCCCGAUAUAAACAAAAGCAACCGCUUAACACGGUGAACGCUUCCGUUUACCGUCGGCAGACGUUGGUUAGCUAAUAGUAACUAACCAGCUGACUGUAGCUCGUUUUCUAAAUGGAUCCCACGGAGGACUUGUCUGCUCGGGUCCUGCUGAAACAUAUUCUCAGCACCGAGACACCCAGGGCUCCUCUCACCCGCAGUGCCUCCAAAACGGCGACCAGCAGCGCGACCAGAAGUAGCAACCGACUGAGCAGCAGAGAUGCCGGUGCACAAACCCCCCAGGACAUCCUAAGACGCAGCCUGAGACACAAAAUACAUGAGAGUAUAACCAGGCAAUCCCUUCCCGCUACUAAAAGGAGGACUGCCUCAGUCAGAAAGUUGCCUGCUUCAACUUCAGUGCUGUUUGAUGAUGGAGACACACCAAGGCACAUACUCAAGAAUAUCCUGCGGACAGAGCCUGUGAAGUCCCCUGUGGUUCAUGAAAAAGCUGGUUCACAAGAGCCACAGCCAUCUUCAGCCGCCUCCAGCAUCACAAGGAAGCGUACUAGUUUAGAGCUUUCAGGGUUGGACUUGCCUGAUUUAACGAUUGGCAACAUAUCGAGUACAGAAAAGGCACUGAGCAGGAAGAGACCACGUCGGAGCCUUAAUGUAACAGCUUUUGAAAAGCGUCUUAAAGAUGGAGGAGAUGUUGGGGAAAAGGACGAAUCAGUAGGUGACCAUUCAUCACUUUCUUUGUCAAGUUCCACUUCUCUGAGUCUAAAAACCCCCUUGGUGGAUGUUCAGACUGAGAUAAAGGGCUUACAGAGAAGAGUUUCUAACCGUCGAAAAAUCUCGGAGGAAGAAUUCUGUGCAGCUGUAAAUAAAAGACAGAUGAAAGGAUUAAGCAGCUUUGUGGAAUUGGAGCAGGGUCUUAGUGAGACUGCCUUAUCUGAGGGCUUCAGUUUGGGCCAAAGCAAACUCGGUGGACCUGAUAUAACGGCCGAUAUCCUCCACUGUGACACGGCUCUCUACGCCCGGCCUGAUGCCAUGACCUCCAGCUUUUCCUUUGUUGCAACUCAGGACAAACCAACAGUGAUGGCGUCUCAGCUUCAGAGACAGAUGGAGCAGGAGGAGCAGGUGGAGGCAGAGCAGAGCAAGCUGGGGAAAGAGAAGUCAAUGUAUGCAUUUCCAACUGAAGAGGGGACUGAACCUCAGAAUGAAAAAGGUAUUUCUCAGUCUGAGGAAGAUGCUGAUGCAGCUGAAUUUCAAAAGGAUAAAGAGAAGAGUACAUCUGAUGGUCAUCUUGAAGAUGCUGCCGCUGUGUCUGAGGAAGAUGAAAACAGAGUGGAAGGUGCAGCUGAUUCUCACAUUGAAGAGGACGCUGCAACCAGGUCUCAGUCUGAGGAAGAGGAGCCUGCAACAGACUCUCAAACUGAAGAAGAAGGUGCAGGUGACUCUCAAACUGAAGAGAAACAAUGUGAAGUUGAUUCCCAACCUGAAGAGGAUAUUACAGCCAGGUCUCAGUCUGAGGAAGAGGACGUUGCACCAGACUCUCAAACCGAAGAAGAAGGUGGUGCAGGGGACUCCCAAAUUGAAAAAGAAAUUGCUGUUGAUCUGCAGAGUGAGGAGGAUGUUGCAGCCAGGUCUCAGUCUGAGAAAGAGGAGGGUGUUGCAGCCAGGUCUCAGUCUGAGGAAGAGGAGGAUGUUGCAGCCGGGUCUCAGUCUGAGGAAGAGGAGGAUGCACCAGACUGUCAAACUGAAGAAGAAGGUGCUGUUGAUCUGCAGCCUGAAGAGGACUUUGCAGCCAAGUCUCAGUCUGAGGAAGAGGGGGAUCUUACAGAACAUCAAAGUGAUCAAGAGGAUCCUGCAGCCAAUUUUCAAACUGAAGAAGAGGGUGAUUUGGCUGAUUCUCAACCUGAAGAUGAGCAUGAUGAGAAGCCAUGGGAGGAAGAUGGUGAGCAGGUAUCAGAACCGCAGGAACAGGACUUGGAACACAUCAGUCAAAGGGCUAGGCACUCUGAGGGUAGACUCAUUGUGCCUGUGAAAGAAGCAGGUGAAGAUUUGGCUGACACCACAGACGAAGGUUGGUCUGAUGGCAAGUCCAAAGGACACAGCAGCCUGGAAAAGGAAAGCCGUGAGAGCGGUCGGCUUCGCGUUGGGAUCCCUGACGUGGCCGAGUCGUCAACGCAAGGACCACGGGAUGCUCGUUGUACAGAAGCCGAGCCUGAUGCUGAUAAGCAGAACUCCUUUAAUCUUCCGGACAGGACACAUGACAUUGAAGAAAGUAGGCACUCGAGUGACCAUUCACCUGAAGAAGCUGCUCAACAGGAGGAAGAGUGGGAGGAUGAAGAAGAGGGUGAGUGUGAGUGUGUGGAGAUCUCCAGCAAGACUCCAGCAUUUGUCAGACAGAAAAUGAACUUUUUUCAACCAGAUUCUCAAGCCUCAUCUUCCGCCUUUAAGAAUACUCCAAUCAGCAGAAGUACAGGUGAAGCUUUUUCUGCGCCUAAACCAAAGCAGAUGAAACAAAGGAGGAAAGGGCUGGCUAAAAAAGAAGCAAGCCUUCCUAAGAGCUACCUAAUGGGCGUGUUCAAGCACUUUGCCAAAACGAAUGUCUCUGCAGAUGUGUACCCUGUACUACAAGACAUAAUGGAUAAAUACUUUGACCGGCUGGCAGUGGACUUGGAGACAUAUGCUGUUCAUGCAAAGAGAAAAACCAUUGAGGUUGAAGAUGCUGAACUGCUGUUGAAAAGACAGGGUCAUGUGAAUGACAAGGUGCCAGUGGAAGUUCUCAUUGAAAAGUAUCUUCGUAUGGACCAGCGCAAGCUACUGAUUCCCAUUGCAACCAGUGGAAAUGUUGUUAUACCUAAAACACGGAGAUAAUUGUUUUAUACACAGCUACACAGCUUUUUUUUUUUGCUGGUUUCAUUUUUUGACUGUUAUCCGUUUUACUUACACUGCAUUUGAUUUUGAUAAGUGUUGCCUCCAUUUAAUGUUAAUCAGAUUAUAAAGGUUUCUAUAUGUGUGUAAAUAUUAGUUGACAAUAAUUAGGUUUUGUAUGUGAUGUCCUUAUAGCUUUUUCCUAUCUGUAUUACUGUACUGUGUGUGGCCAAGUGUGGUUAUAUAUCUGUAAGUAAUGCAACCAUUGGGAGGUUGACAAUAAUGCUUUGUAAGUACAUGUAUGUGUAUGUGUCAACUUUCUUCAUUGA